AUUAAAAAAUCAUUAAUGAUACCCAAAUAUGCAUCUGGCGAUGUUUAGUUUCGUGAUCGACUUCAUCAUAUCCUCUGUUCAAUAUUUCUCCAAGUCAUCAAAAUUCUCGCCGUCAAAAUCAAUAUAUCAAAAUCUCUGCUUCUCCAUUUGUAUAGAAACAUCACAUUCCGUGUUUAAUCAUCGGACCACGAUAUACACCCACCCACCCACUCAACAAGAAUCAUAACCUUUUUUUUGCUUCUCUCUUUCUCUUCAAAUCCCCACUACAACUUUCGUAUCUGCUAGCCAAACUUACCUCGAGAGAUAAUAAACACAAAUCCUGAGGAAGAAUCUCGUGUCAGAUGGCGUUUCUGAUGGAGGCAGAGGAAGAAGAAGAGAGAUGAUCUAGUCCUUGUUCUAAUUGUUAAUUUUGUGGGGGUGGGUUUUAGUUGGUAGUCAUGAUCCUUACAAAAAACAAAAGAGAUAUAAACUUGUUUGUGCUUCAAUUAGGAGCAGCUCUCGCUGUAUCUUUUGCUGGAUUUCUCUUUUCUCGAUUUAGAAAGAAUACAAAAAGAAUCGGACCCACUCUGCCUCCUCUUCCACCUCAAUCUUCCGAUAAUGGAUACAGAGACUGUUCCAACAGAUCCAAUGAUAGAGGAGAUGUUGACUCUAAGAAGAGUAAUGAAGAGAAUUUAAUCGGUUUUUCGCCACGAAAGGGAUGUGAUGUUGAUAAAAAUGAUGUGUUUCUUUUACCGGAGUUUGAAGAGGAAGUGAAAAAGUUAGAUUUGUUGGUCUCUGAUGACUGUGAAACGCCGAGGUCGGAUAUAACUGUUCCAUUAGCAUUUCCGAGCGAAGAGGAAGCUGAUCAUGAGAAUGAGAUUAAGCGGUUGAGAAACACGGUGAGAGCGCUUCGUGAGAGAGAGAGGUGUCUUGAGGACAAGUUGUUAGAAUACUACAGCCUCAAGGAGCAGCAAAAGAUUGCAAUGGAACUGAGAAGUAGAUUGAAACUAAACCAAAUGGAGACUAAAGUAUUCAAUCUCAAGAUCAAGUCGUUGCAAGCUGAGAACGAGAAGCUUAAGGCUCAAUGUUCUGAUCAUUUAAAAGUUGUGUUGGAGCUGGAUAAGGCUAAGUCUGAGGUACAUGUGCUUAAGAAGAAACUGAACAUCAAUACCCAACAACACGUAGAGCAGAUUGUGUCACUUAAGGAACGAGUGAUGAGGCUGCAAGAAGAAGAGAUCAAAGCUAUUUUACCUGAUCCGAAAGCGGAUAAGAUGAUGCAGAGGUUAAGGGAUUUGGAAGGUGAGAUCAACAAGCUUACGGAUUCCAACUUGAAAUUACAGUUAGAAAAUUUCGUACUGGCUGAGAAGCUGGAGUCUGUUCAAAUCAUAGCAAAUUCAAAGCUUGAGGACCCGGAAGAGAUUGAGACAUUACGAGAAGAUGGUAACCGUUUAAGGAGUGAAAAUGAAGAGCUGAAAAAGGAAGUUGAGCAGCUUCAAGGGGAUCGAUGCACUGACCUCGAGGAACUCGUUUAUCUCAGAUGGAUAAAUGCUUGCUUGAGAUACGAGCUAAGGACUUACCAGCCUCCGGCAGGUAAAACAGUUGCUAGGGAUCUUAGUACCACUCUAAGUCCUACUUCAGAAGAAAAAGCUAAGCAGCUGAUCCUCGAGUACGCACAUAGCGAAGGGCAUGAGGAAGAUAAUACUGAUUAUGAUCGAUGGUCAUCUUCCCAGGAAGAGUCAUCAAUGAUCACUGACUCUAUGUUUUUAGAUGAUUCUUCUGUUGACACUUUGUUUGCGACGAAAACAAAAAAGUCAGGGAAGAAGAAGCUUAUGCAUAAGUUGAUGAAGAUCUUACACGGUAAAGAUACUCCAGACCGUAAGAAGAGAGCUGGUUCUUCAGAACCGAGCAGCUCAAGCACAGGUGUUCAUUCGACUCCUAGGCAGCUUAGAACAACGCAUUCGAUGGACUUCCAAAUGCUAAUGCAUGGAAAAGACGAGGAAGAGGACUUCAAGAAUCACAUCAAGAUGCUGCGACGCAAGAGCGAAGCAGCAGAUUCUUCCAUCUAUGAAGAAGAACACUGUUUGGAAUCAGGCCAAAACGGGAAGAGAGAGCUAAUGAAAUUCGCGGAGGCCCUGACGAAAUCUCGUCCCACAAAGAAACUGCAUAAGAAAUCUGUGUCCUUCUAUUUCUAAAAGUAAGUAGAAACACACUAACUACUUAUUCUGUAACACGCAUUGCCUAAAGCUACAUAUAUCUGUGUAUAGAUUAUAGCUCAAAGUUUGUAAAUUUGUGAACCAAACAUAUAAUAAGUGUAACGAGAAUCUGAUUUGAAGCUUGGGAGAGAUCAAUCAUCA